AAGUGCGCGGACUGGAGAGACUGGCCUUUGUCUCUCGGUCUACCACAUCACGUUUUGCAGAUAUUAUCAUUCGGUUUGGGACUUCGCAGUGAUCAGCUACCAAGAUGUCACUCGCGUUUGUGCCACCCCAGCAGAAGCCAAAAGGACAACCCCCUAAUCAAACUACGAUUCAGAAAAUGUUGGAUGAGAACAAUCAACUAAUACAGACAAUAAUUGAUUAUCAAAACAGUGGGAAAGCUCAAGAAUGCAUGCAAUACCAACAGAUACUGCACCGGAACUUGGUUUAUUUGGCUACAAUUGCAGAUGCUAAUCAAAAUGUGCAUGCUUUGCUUCCAGCUCCUGGUCAGGGUAGUCAGGCCCCAGGCUCAAUGCCUCAGCCGACACCCCAGAUGACGCAGAUGAGGGCCCCAGGGAAUAUGCCCAACCCCAUGACACAAGCUGGUUCCAUGCAAGGAGGCAACCAGAUGAGCCAGGCAGGGCCUGGCAUGCCUCCAGUCAGCAGUCAAGCCGGUUUCUCAUCUCCGAUGGGAAAUCCCCAGCAAUCUGGUGGUCCCUCUGGAUUCCCCCGGCCCCAGAUGGGUCCUCAACAAUCUGCUCAGCAGCAGGCGAAGGGCAACAUGAUGCCUCAAGGUCAGGGGAUGACUAAUCAGAACGGUAGCAUGGGCAACCAGACGUACACACUGCCUCCUCAGCAACAGCAACAACCUCCGGGUGGCUACCCCAAUCAGCAACAGCCGAUGAUGUCCCAGCAACAGCCGAUGAUGUCUCAGCCACAGCCGAUGAUGUCACAACCUCAGCCGAUGAUGACACAGCCUCAGCCGAUGAUGUCCCAGCAACAGCCGAUGAUGUCCCAACAACAGCCGAUGAUCUCACAGGGCCAACAGCCGCUGAUGUCGCAGAGCAGUAGCAGUCAGAUGAUGAUGAACAACCAGAGCGGUAUUCAGAGCAAUUCCAUUAUGGGUGGACCAAGGGGACAGAUGCCCCCCGCGUCCUAUCGCCGCUCCCCUCAAGGCCAGCAGUACAGCCAACCGCCGGGCCAGGGGGGCUACCCCCAACAACCGUUCAGUGGUCAGCAGCCUUACUCCCAGCCCCAGGGACAACAAUCCUUCCCUCAACAGCCAGGCUACUCCCAGGCCCCCAACAUGCCCCCCCAGGGACAAUAUGCCAACUACCAGGGUCAGGGACCACCCCAGCAGCGUUAUAAUCCUUUCAACAGACCCCAGGGUAGCAUGGCCCCGAACUCUCCCAUGCAGGGGAGCCCGAUGAACAGCCAGAUGAGUGGACAAAUGUCCGCUCAGGGCCAGGGGAUGGGGGGUCAGAUUCAGUCCAUGCCCCCUCAGGGACAGAUGAGUGGAAAUAUGCCUCAAGGGCAAAUGCAAGGUGGACCUAUGUCGGGUCAGAUGCCGCAGAGUCAGGGUCAGGGUAGCUAUGGUUACAACCAGACCCAGUACUGAAGUAUGAACCUGAUUUGCUAACAUGUUGAAACUAUCGUUAGUUGAGGCGAAAUAAGCAGGGGUAACUGAUAGUGAUUUCGGAUGAAGAUAAAUGCGUAGCAUUCAUCUGUACAGUUAUAGUGGCAGUAUGGUCUUUGCAAACUCCACCAAUGGCAUUGAAUUACAGCUGCUUGGGUAUUGGUGUAAUGCGUUGGAUCUGAAUCCCGGUCAUUUGCAAAGCUUCCUUGAAAAAAAAAAAUAACAACGAAUCGGUGUCGUGUUCUUUACUUGUGUCUUAAUUCUACUCGUAUGGAGGAAGUAGAUUACUAUUCCCACAGUGUCCAUUACUAAUGAGCGCCUUCAGACAAAGAAAGAUGAUUUUCUUGAUCAGUUAUGGAGGUACAGUUUAGUAUGGUGGUAAUAAGAGGUUUUGGAUAUCUUGACAUCAAUGUUUAAGAUGAAAUUAUGGUUCCAUUUAACCGUUCUUGAGGAUUGGGAAGAGUCUCUUUGCAUGGGUUUGUCUGUAAUAAGUAAUCUCAGGCUUUGUCUAUGAAAAUGAUCUGUUAAAGAGUUGCAAUCUGCCUAAAGUUAUGUGUCUGGUCCUUUGCUCUGACUCAGAAUUAAUUUGAAGACCUGAGUCUCCAGGUGGAAGACACAAGAUUGCAGUUUUCUUGCAUGGCCUGUUUGUCAAUGUUUCUGUGUCUUUUCUUGCAUUCUUGGAUGGAGGAAUUUUGAAGACAAUUAAAGUUUGGUUUAAAUGUGGAUUUUCAUUGUUCUGGUAACUGAAAAACCGAGAAUGGAAUUUGUCAUCUAAUGUUAUGGUUAGAAAGUCAAUUUAAAAAAAAGCGUAUAAGCUCUUUCACUUGCAGGAAUCAUUUCUAUUUUGACUGAACAAAUACUUGAAAUCUUCCCAGACAGAUAAAUGCUGAUAAAGUAGGUCAGUGCGCAUUUAUCUUAUAUAGGCGACAUGCAAAACAAAUAUUAUUCUGAUGUAUGUUUUGCCUCAUGGUUUUACACCUAUGAACCACAAAAAUAUUUUCUGUUGGAUAAUGUGGUAGAAAUUAUUCCCCAAAUCCAAAACAUGUGAAAUCAGAACCAGAAUCUUUCUUAGGGCUGGAACUAACUUUGAUCACAUCAAUACGGCUCUGUAGGAUUGUAACAGGAUCUGAAUGUCAGUAGCAAUCUCAUGUCAAACAUGGAGAAAAUCUAGCCUUUGGAAACACUAUUGUCAGAAACAUGUUCUUGCCAAGUAGAGAAAUGUAUAAUUUUGUAAUCGGUGCAAUAAUCACUAGAGAUUGUAGUCCAACAAAUCAUUCCUUAUCAACUUAAAUUAGCAAUUCUCCCCUUAAUGGUAGAUGUAGAUUUUAGGAACUUAGGCGUCGGCUUAAGUAUAAAUGGUUAAGGUGAUGGACAAGAUUGUUUUUCAGUAUUUCUAUACUGUUGUGGGAUGGAAACUUGUACAUAGUCCUGUAAUCUCGAUCAUAAUCAAGAUUAGGUGAUUGGCUGGAUGGUGCUCAAUGUUAGAUUAUGAAAGCAUUAUUUUGGUGAUUCAAGGUAGUGUUUUCACGAAGAUUUUAUUUUCUAACUGUUAACAUUUGUGAAUCAACAUAAGCGGAUUUAGUUCUGAGCAUAAGUGUUUUUAUAUAUACAGUAUUGUUGACCUACAUGUUGCUGUUUACGCAUCUCUUUUAACUUGAGUUGUUUCCCUUGGAUCUCGUCACAGAUUUUUCACUUCUUGAUCACUGUUGGAUCUCGUGGUUGGUAAUGGAUGACCUCAAGUUCUGCUCAUGUUACUGGCAAUGGCUUGAUGAGAAUUGUGAACAGUCGUUUUUCUGAUGGUUUUGGUGUGGAGAUUGACUAGUUGGCAGUCAGGUUUAUACUUCAUGUUCUGGUGUUAAGGAAAUGGCAAAUGUUCACGUCUGCUCCUUGUCUCCAAGUUGGAUGCCACUGUUAUAUCUUAUUUUUCAGGACCUCGGUUUUAGGGUCUGUUGUACAAAACGGCCUAAAAAUAUUAUUUAAGUAUAAUUUAUCUUGGCCUGGUUAUUGCGGUCAUGAUACUGGUAGAAACUUCUGUAUGUUAAUAAAGGGACGUAACUCUAACCAUCAUUCUGGAGAAGGGCUACCAUGUCAGUUUCUAAAGGUGACUAAACUGUCUGGAUCAACAUAAGUCGAUUAUAUGGAAUACACAGAAUGUUCCUCCUGGAUAUGACUGUUUUAAACUUUUCAACUACCAAAAUAGCAUUUUGUAUAUUUAGGUGUAAAAAUGAGGCAUCUAGCAUAUUUGUCCUGAAAAUAGUGUCCACCUUGCAUUGCCCUUGAGGAAACAUGACAAUUAUUUAUUACUUCAAGGGUUGUAUGUACAGGACAUUUUACUUAACUUACUUAUGAGAAUGACUUAAUAAAUGUUAAGCAAUUCCAGAACAAUGUGAUAUCAUUUGUGGAUGUUGCCAUGGUUACAUGAGGUAUAUAUGCUGGUAAGUGCUUGAGGUGUUGGAAUUUUUAACAAACCAUUGAUUUUCAUCACACUAGAAAAAAAGUCUGUACAUAUCUUUUGUCAAUGCCAAAGCCAGUACUGUGAACAUAACUGUGUGCCUAUCUAUUAGUUUUGUCUUUCCUUGUCUUUUCUUUGUUUUUAUUUCUUGUGUCUUGAUAAGUGUCCCUGAUCUGUAUAACAGCCGACUAGAUAGUUGGAGGUCAGAGAUUGGAACAUUGGUCAAACCAGUUUUCAGGUAUUUGUAACACCUGGAAAACAGUCGACAACCCAGUUGUGUAAGGUGUUAGAGUUGUACUGUUCACAAUGGUUGUAACAGAUUCACUAACCUGAUCUGAAGAUAUUUGGCCCCAAGAGGCCCUUCAAAACAAAUAUCUUGCAAUGGUAGAGAUCAUGAGUGUUAUUCCUGUAGAGACUAACUAGAUAUUCAUGAGUAUGUAUCUUCAGGACCAGUGUGGAACUUAAGAUUGUUACUGCUGGAGAAGUUGAUUUCAACAGUUUAUAGAUCAAGCAUGAUCCACGAAAGAUGUAACUGGGAGAAAAUUAGUCUCUUGUGAUCUGGAUCUAAAUCAAGUAAUCAAACUUUGGGAUGGAAAUGCAGGUAGAAAGUGUAUUUAUUCAAUAUUUUUUCUUAGUUUGGUUACCAUCUAAGAUUUAUUGGCAAAGACCUGUACAAUUUUUUAAUUUGAGCCUUUAAUCUUCAUGGAUUAGAUGUUGGUGUGCUAGAUGUUUCGGUACUCAAGAGUAAGUUUGUCUGUACAGGAAUUGUCUCAAGUCUACUUCAUUACAUUGAUUUCACAUUAUUAAUAAUCAUCAUUACAGGUUUUUGUUUCUGAAGACAUGAAACCUUUCAUAAAAAUUUCUUAAGAAGUUGUUAUCUAUGAAAACUAAUUCCUUCAUUGUCUGCCAACUUCAAAAUACCUAUUAAAGAUUGUUUGGUUUCAAAUCUCUUAAAGAACUGGUUACGUUUUUAUCCUUUUUUGUAAUCAUGAAAAUGUUAUUAUUGUACAUUCCGAAACUAUUUUGAUGUUGUAGACUUGUAUGAAUUGUUGUCAGUUUCCAAUGAAGCCACGAUCAACUACAAUCAAUUGCACACUAUGGGGAAUAUUUUUGUAAUUGCAUUUUAUCCACACAGUGAAUCGUUUGUGUUAUGAAAUUUAUGUUAUAUUUAAUUCAAAAUUUGUAAAAACAUGAAGCCAGAAAUUGUAAUUAUAUCAUGAAUCUAAUGCAGUUCUUGAGUAAGUUGAAUACAUAUGAAAGUAUGACAUGUUCUGAAUUUUUUUUUUUUUGGUGGACUUUUUUUAAUCUUAUGGGAUUUAUUCAGUUUUUGUAUAUCAAGUUAAAUGGAAGAUAUUAUAAAUCAUUUAACCAUAGGAUAUUAUUCAUAAGCUGAUUACAUUUCUCAUAUUAUCCAGGCUCAAGAUCAAUUAUAUAUGUGCUCUAUUUCAGUAAAUAUUUGUUUGUAUAUGGCCAGAUGUUUUGCUUGUUUGGUUUACUGAUUCCAAUUGUAAAAAGAUUUUGAAUAAAUAGGAGUAGGGAUAAGUGAAAAAAUGAAUAAGUAAAAUGCAUUGCUCAGGAAAUUGUUAAUAUUUGAUGUGGAUUGGUAGGUGAUUAAACACAAUAAAGUUCUUGUUCUCUCUUUGUAAAAUUUGUUAAUUCUAAAUCUGUAAAUCUAUUGUGUUUUCAAUUUUAGUCAAAUAUAAACCCUUGGAUUAUUUAUAUUGUUAAAGUGGUAUUUAUCAUCAUUAAACAAAUCUGCAUUCUUAUUUAAAUUUUCCUGAAGUUAUAAUUUUUAUAUUGGCUUAUCAGUAAACCAAACAGAAACAAAUGUGAGGCCAAAUAUAUUUCAUAUUGAUCCUAACUUGGGUAAGCAAUUGUGGCAAGUGAAAUUAACCCAAUUUUAAGGGUAAUUAGAGAAUUGCCAUUUUGAGAAGAUUUUCUUUUAAAAUAUCACUAAUUCCAUAACAAUGGGAUGUCUAGCAUUAAUGAAUGACUGGUCAGGACUGAAACACGUCUCUCCCUGAGAGUAUUCAAUGCAUGUAUCUCUUAAAGAGAUGGUCUGUGCUGAGUAAUUCAACAAUGUGAAUCCUGUGUACGUGUUGUGGAAUGUUUUGACACUUGAUAUGGAUAUCUUAGCUGAUAGUGAUCAGCAACUUGUGUUGUAAAAUAAGCAUAUGUUCAUUCCAAAAGCAAAUACUCAAAAGUUUGGGAGUAGGCAGAUUAUUAAGAAGUUUAUGAUGGUGACUAUAGCAAUUUGAUCAACAUCAACUGUAUCCAAAAAUUCUUCUUCGUGGCCAUUAUCUUCAGCAAUAUUUUCAGUAUUAUGACAUCCAUUAAUAUGUAUGCAUGCACUACUGGAACAUCUGGUGAAUGUUUCAUUUGUUUAAUGAUACAGUACACUGUUCCUUACAAUGAAUUAAUUGUUAAACACUGGACAUGUAGUUCUGUGGGCAGCGGGUAGCCUAAUGGUUAAAGCGUUCGCUCAUCAUACCGAAGACUGGGUUCGAUUCACCAGAUCGGUACAAUUUUGGAAGCCCAUUUCUGGUGUCCACUGCCGUGAUAUUGCUGGAAUAUUGCUAAAAUCGGUGUAGAACUAAAUUCACUCGCUCAUGCUGCAGUUUAAAAUGGAAAGCACACUAUGACUCUAAAGCUGACAUUCUUUAGUUUUAACUCCCUUGAUACAGCAGGGUAAGAAUAAUGUACCUUCUUGUAACAUUGCCUUCCUAUGAGGCUAGGGGACAGAGCCACCCGACUGCCUUCUCAUGGGAGGCUCCAUCCACUAGAACGCCCAUGUGGUAAGACAUGACCAGAAGUGCAUGCAUAUAUAUUAGGCAUAGCUUUUGUUAUCAGGUAUUACGUAUUUGCUGUUUUACAUAUCUUGUCAACACAUUUUGCUUGAAAUAAAUUGUAAAAAUGUA